UAGUGAUUGAACUCUUGCUUUAUUAUAGUCUCAACCUGUUCAUCUCUCACCGUUCUCAUCUUCAGGGAAAGCUAACUCAUAACAUAAUAUUACAAAUCAAGUAUAUGCUACGCUACUUUCUAUAUGAGAGGAUCCAUGGGUUCUUCUCCUCGAGCAAGCCACCGAUUAUCGGCUUCAAUUGAAGAUGUAUACAGAAGACGGUCACAAAGAAGUAAAACCAAGGAUCCAGAGAAGCCUUUCCACCUUUCCCUCCAAGAAAGAAGCCCCAAAUGCAAGUUUCCGCUGCUGAGACUUGUCCUACUUGUCAUCGUUUCCGGCACUUUUGUGACACUAAUAUACUCUCCUGACAUUUACAAUAACAACCAUCCAUCACAUUCUCCUUCUCGGCAGAGUUUUGUAAAAUGGUGGAUAUGGGGAGGUUCAGACCCGAGAUAUGUCUCGGAUUUGGAUGUUGACUGGGAUGACAUAUCAAAAGUUGUAAGGAAAUUAAAUUUGAAGAAUGAAUAUCAGGGCAUUGGCCUACUCAAUUUCAACAUCAGCGAAAUCAAUCAAUGGAAGCAGAUAACUCCAGAUGCUGCGCACAUUGUUCUGCAACUGGACUAUGCUGACAAAAAUGUGACUUGGGAUUCGUUAUAUCCAGAAUGGAUAGAUGAGGAGGAAGAAGAAGAUGUUCCCAUCUGUCCAUCUUUGCCAAAGGUCAAGGCUCCCGGGAAAAGGCUCGAUCUCAUAGCCGUUAAGCUCCCUUGUAGGAAUGAGGGGAACUGGUCUCGCGAUGUUGCUCGCCUGCAUUUGCAGCUUGUAGCUGCUGGACUUGCAGGCUCCGCCAAAGGCUACAACCCUGUGCAUUUGCUCUUUGUCACCAAGUGCUUUCCGAUACCGAAUCUUUUUACUUGCAAGGAACUUGUGGCGCGCGAAGGAGAUGCUUGGUUAUAUAAGCCAAACUUGAAUGUGCUGAGGGAAAAAAUUCAGCUUCCUGUUGGUUCCUGUGAACUUUCACUUCCUCUUGGGGGGAAAGAGGUAGUUUAUUCAGGAAAUGUGCACCGAGAAGCAUAUGCAACUAUUCUCCAUUCAGCCGAUGUUUAUGUCUGUGGAGCCAUUGCUGCUGCACAAAGCAUCCGAAUGUUAGGCUCCACUCGGGACCUCGUGAUCCUCGUCGACGAGACAAUCAGUAGAUACCACCAGAGUGGACUUGAGGCAGCAGGAUGGAAGAUCAAGACCAUUCAAAGAAUCAGGAAUCCGAAAGCGGAGAAAGACGCCUACAACGAGUGGAACUACAGCAAGUUUCGACUGUGGCAGCUAACCGAAUACGACAAGAUCAUUUUCAUAGAUGCUGAUCUGCUUUUACUUAGGAACAUAGACUUCUUAUUUGGGAUGCCCGAGAUCUCAGCAACUGGGAAUAAUGGCACACUUUUCAACUCUGGUGUUAUGGUUAUUGAGCCUUCAAACUGCACAUUCCGACUUCUGAUGGACCACAUCGAUGAAAUCGAGUCCUACAAUGGAGGAGACCAAGGGUAUCUGAAUGAGAUCUUCACAUGGUGGCAUAGGAUUCCAAAGCACAUGAACUUCUUGAAGAACUUUUGGAUCGGUGAUGAUGAAGAGGUUAAACAAAAGAAGACUAGGCUUUUCGGUGCUGAUCCACCAAUCCUCUAUGUCCUUCACUACCUGGGACUAAAACCAUGGUUGUGUUUUAGGGACUAUGAUUGCAACUGGAAUGUCGACAUAUUACAAGAGUUUGCGAGCGAUGUCGCCCACGAGAGGUGGUGGAGAGUCCACGAUGCAAUGCCGGGGCUGCUGCAGCAGUUUUGCCUGCUGAGAUCGAAGCAAAAGGCGCAGUUGGAAUGGGACAGAAGGCAAGCUGAGAAAGGGAACUACACAGAUGGGCAUUGGAGAAUCAAAGUGAAAGACCGCCGGUUGAAGAGAUGCGUAGACAACUUGUGCAACUGGAAGGACAUGUUGAAGCACUGGGGAGAGACUAACUGGACCGACACCGAGUUCUUCAUUCCGUCACCGCCUGCAAUCACCGCAACUUCCCUCUCUGGAUUAUGAUUUCUAUUUUUUCUUUAUUUUCUCACCUCUGUCUUUCAGUCUUCAUCCAUUCCCAUUUUGGAUUUCUCAUUCUUUUUGUAUAUCUAUAUCUCACACACAAACAAACUUCCUAAGGGUUUCAAAAUAGCAUUGCACUCAAUAAUACACAAACGAUAUAGACCCACAGAGAAAUUUGGCUAUCAAAUUUCCUUACAAUAGCUAGACUUUUCACAAUACAGAAAUCCCUUCCCUUGAUUUUUGCAAUUCAUACUUACUUUUGUGUUAUUAGUCUGCAAGUGCU